UCUUCAAACAAAGAGGUGAGAAAUAAUACCAACAUGGCAGACGAAUUGUCGGUAAUGCUCUUCUGGUUUGCAGAUUGUUCAAGUUUCUACUCAGUCCUGACAAUAAUUGUCUGUUUCAUUGUUAUGGUCGUGUUCAUUUUAAGGUUGAACAAUGAAAAUAUAUUCAUGAAUCUCAAUUCAACAUCUGUGCAGCAAGUCAAUCUCGCCGUGGAACGAUGUGUUACAGACAUGGUUAAUCCUUUUUCUGUAAAAAUGAGGCCAAAUGAAUUAAGCAGUCUCAAAGAUGGACUGCACAUCCAGCUGUCUCUACUGAAGAAGUGUAUUUUACAAGUGUAUUGGGGGAUAGAUCUAGAGGAGUUCCACAAGGCCAUGCAGGCGCCAUGGCAACACAUCUUGCAUAAUCUACACACCAAGUCCUGGCUGGAAGGAUAUACAUUGUUCCGUAAUGAAAAAAAAGAAUUGAAUCCCUGUGACUCACGACAUGAACACCUACAGUGCCCUGGGGAAAUAGUUGCCCUAGGGGAGCCUCCAAGGAAGAAAUACCCAGCCAUGGUCAUCACUUAUCUACCAGGAUCUCAAGAGGAGGAAAAUUCCACAGAUCCAACAAUUGUGGCUGUGUUCAGCGUGAUCCACCUGAAGGACAACACUUGUCAGCAGGAUUCUCACAUCCUGAACCAGUACAUGAAAACCUCCAACCAAGGGGUGUUUACAUUACAGCCCCUGUACAUAUCCACCUCACCAGAGUCUGAGACAAGUCGAACAUCGUCACAACCUGUGACUCAAGCCAACAACACAUCUACACCAUCUUCAUCACCAGAUCCUCAUUAUUCCCGUGAAAAUGAACAAAGAGGUGAAUCACAGGAUCAAGACUCUGUACAACAAAGCCAAGUAUUAUCUGAUGAAAGUGGUGAAAGUGAAGCUUGUGUUCAUUCCCUUGGACCUUCCAAGGAUGUAAACUUUCCAGAUCCAAGUACCGGUAUAUGUUCAAAUUGUGGAAAAACAACAAACAUACGUAAAUGUUUGUGUGUAGAAUGUAACAGGGAGGCAAGUUCUUGCACGGAUCCGUUGUUUUCCACAGAAUCUGUAGAGGAGCUGCAAGGUAGUCAGGAAAACUGGGGAGAAGCAGAUAGCUCAGUGUGUCUGGACACUCCUUUGGUUCAAGAAAGUGAUCGUGAUUUCAACUUACAAGAUGAUCAACAAGAAGAAUGUAUCGUGUGCCAGGCAGAACUUGUAGCUUUAGCAUUGCUCCCGUGUCGUCACACCUGUGUGUGUAGUUCAUGUUUUACCCAGCUAGAUAGAUGUCCCAUGUGCAGGGGCUACAUAGAGUCAUAUUUCCGUGUCCGACGAAAUAGUGAGGAGGAGAAUGCGGUGACAGGGGAGGACACUCCCCCUGAUUCCCUCAUCUCUACCGCCCACGGCAGUAUGUGGGAAAGACUUAAUAGUAGACUCAACACAUUCUUAGGGUUUUCAUGAUCCUGGUAUAUGAUUAAAAUCCUUCAAUGUUAAGUUAAUGUUCAGUAAAAAGUCAAAGUGCUUAUUUAAAGUGAGUUGAGAAGAAAGUCCUUCCAAUUUACUUGUAUCUAGAGCCAUUAGGCUAGUCAGUUUGGUGAGCAUAGAGUUGUUUUCUUGCCUGAACAUGGAAGAGCUAUAUUUAAGACUCCAUCACAACCCUGUUCUAACCUGAAGAUUAUGUUGUGAGAAGACAGUACUGCCUAGAAAUUGAAAGCAAAACCAGUUUUAACUUUGCUUAACCAGUUUGUCAAUGCUCCUUGUAGAUAUAACCAUUGUCACUGAUCCUGGUGGUUGUGAUAGCAAGAUUACAGGAUUACAGUGUGCUUGGCUUAAAUACCUCUCUUCAUGACUAUCCUAUCGGACAUCAGACACAGCUAUAACUGGUUCAUCCUGCUUACCUGGUAUUUGUUCUGUGAAACCUGAACAAUCGGACACAUGAGUAUCCUAAUACACUGUGAUAUCUGGUAUACAGCUGUUAUCCCAGUACUUUUAAAAACGAACAAAUAAAAUCUUUGUGUUCUGACAACCUGUCCAAUCUGACCAAUUUUUUGGAUUUCACAGGUCGUCAGAUCAGACAGAUUUCACCAAGUUGCUGUAGGGAUGACAGCAAACCAGAUAUCUGUCUUACGGUUACCCCCUUGCCAAGGAAUCGGCAGUGGUGACUAAAUCAAUUGUAUUGAUUAUAAUUUGAAGUUUCGUAUUCAGACUUUUAUAAAAUAUAUAUAAGCAAUUUCAAUGUUUAAAAAAACAAACAUCCUUGCCUGUCUGUAAACAACUUAGUUACUUGUGAAGCAUUAUACAUUGAAUCCCUGUUACACUGUGGUCACUGUCACCGUUUCAUCCAGCAACAUAUUGGCACUAUAAAGAGGUUGGAUGAUGCAUUAGUAAGUGAGGUGGCGAUUGAGACUGAGAGACAAUAAAUACAGAUUCAACUUCAUUUUCAGUACAUGUAAACACACACUUCAUUGGUACAGGUAUAAGUCAUUUAAAUUAUUUCAGUAUUAAAACUGUUCCUACGAUCUCUUACGAAAUGUCUGUAUCAUAAAAUACAAUAAGCUGAGGAAACAUGCCUAAAUCUAUGGACCCGGGCCCCUGUUCCACAAGCAUUUUCUUGAUGAUUAUUCACGAGACAAUAUUACUGAAGGAAAAUUUCCUUUACUUAGUUUUGCAUUAUCUCUGAUACUGUCACUUCUGGGAAAAAAAUCAAAAUAAUAAUUACGUAAAUAUUUGUGAAACUGAGGUUCGUUGCUUAAAACCUGGUCAGCUAAAUGACUAGUUCAUAAAUUAAUAUUAACUAUAAUUACAUAUAUCAGAAUUCCAGAUGCACAUUUAAUGACAAGAAAAGCAAACCGUUUAUAACAGUUGAAUUUUAAAUGUACUAUAAUUAAAUGACAAUUUUAAGCAUUUUGCAAAAAUCAUAUAAUGUACUAAAUAUAUUAGUCAGAGUGUUUAAGAUUUAGGAAUCUGGACAUUCAUUAUUUUUUUUUAAAUCAAAUUAACAUACCUGGGUAAUACUGUCAGCUUUGACCAAUUUUUCAUCACAAGGAUUCUGAGAUUAUCAUAUAAACAAAUUAUGUAGAUUUGUUUGAUAAAGAGAGAUUCAGAACAAAAUUAUAGCAAUAUUAUUUUUUGUUCUGCUGUUUUAAAUAAUUUGUUUUUAAUUUAUUGGUGUUAUAUUACCAGUACAGAAAAGUACAUGUAUCUUUGUUUGUGAUAUUUCUGUUUCAGGUGCUUGUUGUGGAAAGUGUUUAUAAAUUUCCUGUUGUGUAGAUUACCUAAUGAAAUGUUAAAUAUUUGUAUAUGUGUUGU